GCCAUCAAAUACGGGAAAUCAAAGCGUCAGACCAGUCCGGAUUUAAAAGUAACGCAAAGAAACGAGGAACAGAAAAAGGAACCUGGAGUAACAUUUUCUUCCAAAGUAUCUUGUCUCAUUUUUGCGACAGGCUCCUCAACCUGGAGACUUAUUAAGUGAGUAACCCACCUGCAGUUGCCAAGAUGUCAGAGCUGAACUGCUCUCUCGCUGCUCUUGUCAUGACCGCUGCCACGGUCUUCAGUGACAUGGGCUGCCCGGAGAUUGCUGUGAUGUGUGGGAUGAACAUCUCUUGGGUCUUGGCCAAUGCCACUGAACAAGAUGUGAGGGAAAUGUGUCUGAGUGAGGAGGAGUACCUUACUCUGCAACUGGGGCCAGCAAAGUCCCCCAGGUUUCUUCCUGUGUGUAUCACCUACCUGGUCAUUUUCAUGGUGGGUGUUCUGGGAAACUCCUUGACCUGCGCUGUGAUUUUGCGCUACAAGGUGAUGCAGACCCCCACCAACUACUACCUGCUCAGCCUGGCCGUCUCGGACCUGCUGGUGCUGCUGCUUGGCAUGCCGCUGGAGCUCUACGAGAUGCAACAGAACUACCCCUUCCUGCUCGGGGAGGGGGGAUGCUACUUCAAAAUCUUUCUGUUUGAGACGGUCUGCUUCGCCUCCAUCCUCAACGUUACGGCCCUCAGUGUGGAACGUUACGUGGCGGUGGUGCACCCCCUCAAGGUCAAGCACCUGGCAACACGAGCUCACGUCAAGAGGGUCAUCUUAGUGCUGUGGGGGCUGUCCAUGCUGUGUGCCAUGCCGAACGCCAGCUUGCACGGGAUAGUGGUGCUUCCUCCACGGUUUGGACGAGAGUUUCCCCGAUCUGCCAUUUGUAAUGUGGUCAAGCCUGCCUGGAUGUAUAACAUGAUUAUCCUGGUCGCCACCUUGGUCUUCUUUGCGCUCCCUUUGCUGAUCAUUAGCAUUCUUUACCUGCUCAUUGGCCUGCAGCUGCACAGGGAGAAGGUCAGGAACACGGCGGCAGCUAAUGGCGACAGCCUUGGACCCAACUCCUUGUCCAGAUCCCACAGGCAGAGACUGAGCAAACGCAACCUGCAAGUCACCAAGAUGCUCUGCGUGCUGGUGGUCGUCUUCAGCCUCUGCUGGGCUCCCUUCCACGUGGACCGCUUGAUGUGGAGCUACAUCGACCCGUCGUCCGCUCGGCACCAGGCGAUCUUCGAGAGCGUCCACAUCGUCUCCGGCGCCUGCUUCUACCUGAGCUCCGCCGUCAACCCCGUCCUCUACAACCUGAUGUCGACGCGGUUCAGGGAGCGGUUCGGCCACAUCACGUGCCGCGCCAGGGGCUGCCCGGCGCGUGCGCACUUCAAAAAGAGCCGCCGCGGCACCUCGAGCGAGGAAGCGCACAACAGCAAGAAAUGGACUUAG